AUGCCAACAGUUAUAAUAGCAGGUGCAGGCCUAGUUGGCUCUUUAAAUGCAGUUUUCUUUGCUCGCCGGGGUUGGGAUGUUCAAGUCUACGAUCAACGAGAGGAUAUUCGAAAGAUGGAGCAUGUCCCCGGUCGCUCCAUAAAUUUGGCUUUAUCUUGUCGUGGCAAAGAGGCCUUGGAAGCAGUAGGAUUAAAAGACUAUAUUGCUGACAGAGGAGUGCAAAUGCAUGCUCGUUUAGUGCACAGUAAGGAUGGUAAAGGUUUUGUGCGUCAGCCUUAUGGACAGCCAGGAGAAGUGUGUUUUUACUUGAAUAAUGGAUGACUUAAGAUUUUUAUCGAUAAAAUACUUUUACAGUGGAACUCCUGUAUAACGAUCGAUCGGGGAUUUAAAAUUUUAAGGAGUUUUUUAGAGGAGGUUUAAAUGCACCGUGUAGUGGUGGACGAGGUUUUAAAAACUGUUCGUUAUACAGAAAUUUCGUUAUAGUGGAGUUCGUUAAGAGGAGUUCUACUGUAUUUAGUAACUGUUUUUUACCACGUAAUUUUAGCAUAUCGUAUCAAUUAAUCGCCGCCAUUUAAACGAGGUUAUGAUAUCAGAAGCGGAAAAAUACGACAAUGUUGAGUUCUUUUUUGAACACAAGGUACAAAAAGUUGAUAUGAGAAACAAAAGGUUAAUCGCUUCGCACAAAGGUCAGGAAGUUGUGGUAUCUGGAGAUAUUGUAUUGGCUUGUGAUGGAGCAUAUUCUGCUGUUAGAAGAAGUCUGAUGACUUACCCGAGGUUUGACUAUAGUCAGGUUGGGUGUUUUUUUAAAAUUUAACUUUAUGUUUGAAUUACGAUAUAAAAGCAACUAACCCACUUUUCAUAAAUAUUAUAUCAUUAUUGUAUAAUAUAAUUUUUUUUGAAGUUGGGUUUAGAUAAAUAAAAUAGUUUUUAGGAAUAUAUUGAACACGGCUACGUAGAAUUAAACAUUUUACCAAAAAAUGACCAAUUUGCCAUGGAACCGAAUGUUUUUCAUUUAUGGCCACGAGGAGAUUUCACUUUGAUAGCUUUGGCCAACACUGAUUGCACAUUUACUGUGACGUUAUUCGCACCAUUUGAUCUAUUCGAUAAAGAAUUGUUUGACAUGGAAAACAGACGGAUUCAAUUUUUCCGUGACAAUUUUCCAGAUGCUUUAGAGUUAAUGGGAGAAGAACAUGUCAAUGAGGUACGGUAAUUUUACUUCUUUUAUGUUUUAAUUAUUAAAAUAAUUUUAUUUUUUCGAAUUUUUUAUUUUUGUUUUUAAAUUUAGACAUUCAAUCGAGUAAAGCAAGCUUCUUCAUUAGUGUCAAUUAAAUGUCGACCGUUUACUUUUAACGAUUUUGUAGUACUGAUGGGCGAUGCUGCCCACGCAAUGGUACCAUUUUAUGGUCAAGGAAUGAAUUGUGCAAGUUUAUUUUGAAAAGGUUUUAACUUUUAAAAACAGGGUGGGUGUGGUGAGCUAACGUAAGUAGGAAUGUUUUUAAUUAAAACCAGUGCCAACGCAUAGUGAUUUUUUCUCUUAUAGGGCUUUGAAGACUGUCUAAUUCUUCACGAAAUUGUCAAUGAGUAUAACGGAGAUCUUGGUAUGUAUUUUAUUUAAAUAUUUAAUAAAUUAUGGCCUUAUAUAAUACAAAAUAGUUUUCCUAAAGUUUUGGUAAUCAAUUUCUUUCCAGUAAGAGCGGUCAGAACGUAUUCGGAUAGGCGUUGGAAAGAUGCCCAUACUAUUAACGACUUGGCCAUGUACAAUUACAACGAAUUGAAAGACUUGGUGAAUCAGUUUGGUUACAAACUUAGAAAGAAGUUAGACUUAUCUUUGAACAAAUAUUUGGGCCCAACAUGGAUUCCUCUUUACUCCAUGGUAACUUUUACACGGACUCCAUAUCACAAAGUGGUGGAGUAUAGAAAAAAACAAGAUAAUGUAAGUUUUCAUUUUUACGUGAAUAUAAAAAAUAGGGUAUUUACUUUUUAAUAAAGUUGGGCAGAAUUUUAGGCUUUAUUUUAACAUAAUUGAAUAUGUCUGAUUUAGAUAUUGAAAUGGAUUAGAUAUGGCAUAGCAACAAAUGUAUUAGUGGCAGGGGCAGCUUAUAUCAUCAAAAAGAAAUCAGAGUACCAGUAA